AUGGGUGGUGGUAGAGCAUUCUAUAUUGCCUGUCAAACUGGUGAUAAAGCAACCGUAGAAAAAAAACUUACGAAGCUUAAAUCAAACGAAAUUUGUGUCCGUAGAUCAAACGGCAGUACAGCUCUGCAUGCGGCUGCCUUAAACGGACAUAAAGCAAUAGUUCAGUUAUUAGUGAAUCGAUGUUGUGCAAGAGCAAUCAGAGAUAAUGAUGGUCAAACUGCUUAUGAGUUAGCUUUUAAUUAUGAAAUUCAACAGCUAUUGACGAGGCACAAUAAACAUUCUCGGUUUGAAAUAAAACCACAUUUUUUUCAAAGUCCUGCUUUUGGAUUAUGGAGAUAUAUUGUGAAUAGUCAUCGUUUAGUAGAAUGUGGCUAUCAUGAGAAAAGUGGUGUAGAGGAACGUCGAGCUUGUGCACUUUAUUGGAUACAAACAGUGUUAACCAAUGUUGAUGAACGUAACCUAAUGGUAAGUUAUUUCGAGAAUGCGUACUCAGCCGAUAGUGCUGAACCCCUACUUAUUGCAAUGACAGAAGAAACGGAUUUUCAUUGGAAAUUAAAUGAAGCACUCAUUGCUGAACCUGACAGCCGAGCAUUUAAAGAAAACGAAUUACAUGGUCCACUUCUAAUUGCACGAAAUUUGUUUAAAGCAAUAUACGAUGGAAAACAUGGUGCUAACUACAACGGACAUCUGUUAUACGCAAAGGCGACACUAACUAACGAAGAAAUUCAAAUGUAUAAGUGUCAUGCAUUAAUACCGUCCGCGAGAAAUAUACCAUGA